AUGACACAGAGGAAAGGUCUUCUCCAGAGUGUCAAAGUCAAGCUGGCUGCAGGACACAAGUUUGACAGAGAUGUUGAACUGCUGAUUUAUUACAAAGACGCCCACCAGCCCACUGCUGUGGUGGAGGCAGGACAGGCCUCUGCUGAGCCAGACUCUCUGAUGGGUGAUCCAGUGGUGAUGGUGAGUCUGUACCCUGAGUUCCCCCAGUCUGUGAUGUCUUCAACGGCUUCAUGUGGAGAGUUUGUGUUCUUAAUGGAUCGAUCUGGAAGUAUGAAUUAUACUCGCAUCAGCAGUGCCAGGGAUACUCUACUGCUCCUGUUGAAGAGCUUACCAAUGGGCUGCUAUUUCAACAUUUACAGUUUUGGGUCCAGUUAUGAACACAUCUUCCCCACGAGUGUGAAGUACAAGCAGGAGAAUGUGAAGAUCGCUCUGACGAAAGUUGAGCAGAUGGAGGCUGAUCUUGGAGGAACAGAGAUCCUGGAGCCCCUCAAACAUAUUUACAGCCAGCCCUGCAUUCCUAAACAGCCUAGACAGCUGUUUGUCUUUACUGAUGGAGAGGUGGGAAACACCAAAGAAGUGAUUGAUCUGGUGAAGAAGAAUUCAGAUUCUCACAGGUGUUUCUCUUUUGGGAUUGGGGAAGGGGCCAGCUCUGCUCUCAUCAAUGGGUUGGCCAAGGAAGGAGGAGGUCAUGCUCAAUUCAUCACAGGGACUGACAGGAUGCAACCAAAAGUGAUGCAGUCGCUGCGAUUUGCUCUGCAGCCAGUUGUGGUCGACAUCUCAGUCACAUGGGAUUUACCAAAGGGUGUUUCUAUCACUGUCCUCUCUCCACCAAUCAUAACACUCUUCCAGGGUCAGAGGUCACUGAUUUAUGCCCAGCUCACUGGACAGAGCUCAGAGGCAGCAGAGGGCUGUGUGACGCUGAAGUACAGCCUGGCAGGUCAUCGCUCUGAGAAGAAGCUACACUUCAGUCUCAGACCUGCAGAGGACACUGGAUUAACAGUCCACAGGUUGGGUGCUCGGACUCUGAUUCGCUCCCUUGAGAUGGAGGAGAGAGAGCACGGAGGACAACAAGAUGGAGGAGUGAAGGAGAAGGUGGUGCAGCUCAGUGUCCAAUCAGGAGUGAGCAGUUCUUUCACUGCUUUCAUUGCUGUUAACAGAGAUAACGGCAGGGUGAUUCAAGGACCCCUGAAGCACAGAAAUAUUCCAACACCAACUUGUCUCCUCCGGUCCUCAUGUGUAUUGGGUUCAGCUGUUCUUCCCUCCUUUGUGUGA